AUGGAGUACGGCGUCGCCGGCGACUACGGGUACGGGUACGACGACCAGCAGGAUCCGCCGUCGUCCGGGGACGGGGACGAGUACGCGACGGUGCUGUCGGCGCCGCCGAAGCACUUUCGCGGGCGGACCAAGUUCCGGGAGACGCGGCACCCGGUGUACCGCGGCGUGCGGCGGCGCGGGCCGGCGGGGCGGUGGGUGUGCGAGCUCGCCGAGGACUCGUCGACCUCCUCGUCGUCCGCGCAGCAGGGUGCCGCCGUGCCCGCGGCGUCAACGUCCAUCACCCAGGCCUCGCCCGCGCCCUCGUCGUCGUCGUCGUCGGCGGCGUCGUACCAGGCGGACGCCGCGGCCGCAAUGUACGGCGGCGAGUACGCGUACGGUGCCGGCAUGGAGUUGGACCACUCGUAUUACUACGACGACGGGAUGGUGUGCGGGAGCGACUGGCAGAGCGGCGGCAGCGGGUGGCAUACCAAUAUGGACGGCGACGACGACGGCGCCGGCGACAUGACGCUCUGGAGCUACUACUGA